UCAGUCAGAAAACAUAUAUAUCAUCUAUCAAUACGCAUAUUACAGGGUUCUGUCAUGCAAACAUUCAAUCGCUAUCUUAUGCGUGAGCUUGAAGCCUCUAUCCUUGCCAUCUCAAACUGCAUGCGCAUGAUGCCUAGCUUACAAGUCUUUCCCCUCCCUACGAGUGCUCUCGUGCUCGAUCUCUUCAUCCUCUUCAGUUGCCCAAUCGCGCGCAAAGUGUUCAAGACAGGGCUGUGUGCCAGAAGCAUGAUGUGUCCGAUAUUUGUCUUAUCAUGUCGAUACCGUGGUAGACUAAGGUGAGAGCUUCGAGUCACCGAACUUUGGCUUUGAACGCUGACACCGCACCUUUUUUUUGCUCUUCAACAAUGUUCACAAAUGCGGAGACCCUAACAUACUCCACUUUGCAUGUUUCUUGCCGUGCAUAUGGCUACCAGGUCCAAUGUCCAUUGCACCAUAAGCGUGAGUCGUCGAUAUGACAUGAGGAGAGAUGUUGAGUGACGGGAGUCAAC